UCACGGCGUUGAAGGCGUUGAACGUGCGUUCAUACCAUUCAUACCGUUGAUAUGUCGCGGGGAUUGUAAGGUAUUUGCCCUGGUGGCUGUUGGGUUAUUUUCAUCGUUUUGUUGAAAUAUGUACAUAUAACGCAUUGAGUAAUGCAAGAGUUAUGGCGAGAUCUUGUUUCAGCAAAGUCGAUGAAUAUGGUUUUGAGCGACCGGAUGAUUUCGACUAUGAAACUUAUGAGGAUUUUAUGUCACAAUAUUUGAUAGUGCUCGCCAAAAGAGCCAAAAAGUGGGCGGAGCUAAUUGGAGAAGGGAAAUCUUUGAAGAGGAAUUUGACAGUGAAGAGAUACGUUAGGAAAGGUAUCCCAGGAGAACAUAGAGGGCUUGUAUGGCUGACAGUGAGUGGUGCAGAAGCUCUGAGAGAUGAAUGGGGUUCAGAUUUUUAUCAGAAGUUACUGAAUGGACCAAUGAACCAAGACAUUGUGGACAUUGUGAGAACAGACCUUCCUCGGACAUUCCCUGAUAACAUUUUCUUCAGUGCUGGAGAGAAUCAUCAGCAGCAGCUAUAUAACAUAUUAGUUGCUUAUGCCCAUGAUAAUCAUGAAGUUGGAUAUUGCCAGGGACUGAACUACAUUGCUGGUCUGUUGCUGCUCGUUACAAAGAGUGAGGAUACAACUUUCUGGCUGCUAAAAGUCCUAGUGGAACGCAUCUUUCCAAACUAUUACACCCGCACAAUGGAUGGUGUCAUUACAGACAUUGAUGUUCUGGACGAGCUAAUCAGGCUGAAGAUUCCUGAAGUCCACAGACAUGUGGCGUCUGUUGGCUUGCCAUGGGCUGUCAUAACUACAAAGUGGUUCAUUUGUCUGUUCGCAGAGGUCCUUCCAAUCGAGACUGUCUUGAGGAUAUGGGAUUGCUUGUUCUAUGAAGGCUCCAAGAUCAUCUUUCGUGUCUGUCUGACACUGGUAAAAAGGAAUCAAGGUUCUAUUCUCCAGUGUAAAGAUUUCUCGUCACUUGCUGAGUGUUUCAAAGAAAUUACCAGAGAUUCACUGGUCAUCGAGUGCCAUGAUUUUAUGCAGAGCAUAUUCAAGGUACCUGGGUCAUUGCCUCUAAACCUGAUAGUGAAGUUGAGGACGAGGCUGGCACAACAGAGACAAAAUCAGAUGCGCAGUGACCGGUAACCAAUGGCCAAUUGAAGCCAUACGUAGUGUUACAUUGAACAUUUUCUAGUCAGGAGGAAUGGUAUUCUUGCGAGGUGAACUAUGCAAGCUCAAGAUGUGCUCCAGAAUACGGAGCAUUAGAUGACCAUUAGUGUGUUGGUUAACACUUUGUAUUGGUCUCCUUUGUUGAUCCCGUUUCCUGUUUUAUUCUGUGGAGACCAAGUAUGUUGGUGCAAGGUUAUACAGCUACUGGAUGUCCAAGCUUUUCCUGGAGAUGUGCUAGUUUUUCAUGUGUCAAAGAACCCAGAAUGUCUUAACAUUUCACAUGUUCAAGAACUGAGCCUGUCCAUAUUUUCCACAUGUGUAGAAAUCCUGAAUGUCCAUGUUUUUCACAUGUUCAGGAGGAAUUCAGAAUAUUUUAGUUUCACACAUUCAAGAAUGUUUAAGAAUUAAGAAUCUCCAAAUUUGUCAUGUGUUCAGGAACCCAGCCUGUCUUCUGAGUGAUGUGUAGCACCUCACUGCUUACAGGAUACGUACCACAUUUAUCAUUCAGACAGUAAUAGACACUGAAAUUACCUUUCAUUGCUCUUCAUAUACAACAGAACGUAAAAGAUGUUUAAGGAAUUUACAUUUCUUGAUGAUGUUACAUGGAAUUUCUGUGUGCAGAAGUUACAGUCUGUGGUAUUGCCUGAAUCCUGCAGUUUGGUGAAUGGUGGUCACAGGUACAGUGUUCAGGAGAUAGGAAAUGGAAAGUGGAAAUAGCACAGUUAAGGGCUUGAAGAAUGACAGCAUUAAGAAAAGGAUCCUGACUUGAUGUGUGGAUGUCAUAUCAAUAUUUUAUAACUGAAACAAAUGAAAAACAUCAGCAGUGUGUAUUCAUUACUUGCUCAGUUAUGAUUCACUCAGUUUCAUAUUAAAAACUCUAGCGGUUGGU